UGUUGUUCGGAAUAAAACCAAUGUUGUGUUUGAAUUUUCGAACCCCUCGCGCUCUGGUUUUAAGUAUUCUGUCGAUUUCGGUGACGGUAAUACAUACGCGAAUAGCAGCAACGAAAUUAUGCUUGAAUUGUACCAGUUGACGGACUUCAGUAACUUCUACUUGACCACCGGCACGUUUACUGUGGCCUGGUCUGUCCGGAACGAUGAAUACUCGAAUAGUGGCAGCUAUGAAGUCAUUGUUGAAAACGAAAUAUGGGACUUCACGGCAUGGUUGGAUAAUCCAAUAAUAUACCUUGCUGUUGGGGACACCCAUCAUUUUGAAGCCAAUGCGACACAGGGAACAGAUGUGACACUAACGUGGUCAAUGGAGACAGGAGGCGGCGGAACUGUGUCGAAAAUAUACAAAAAACAGGAAUUCACUUAUGGAGACAUUUCUUACACAUUCAAAAACCCAAAACACAAUAUAACAGUGACGGCAUCCAACCGUGUCAGCUCUGAAUCUGUAGUGGUGGUCGUAGAGGUGCUUUAUUACAUCAACAGCAUUGUCUUCGAGACGGAUGACACUCUGGCCAAUACUACGACUGCAGUGGACUUCAGACUUCUUCUCGAUGCAGCUGCCGAUCUCCCAAUGCAUAUCGUCAACAUAACUAUUGAUUAUAAACAUGGAACAAAUUCUUUUGAACAGAGGAGUUUGUUUGAGGACGCUACAGUUCCGGAUGUUUAUUCUUAUAGCCACUUGUUCAACAUGCAAGGUGACUUUCUAGUGGUUUGUUCAUUGCAAAAUGUUCUCGGAGUAUAUAACAGGACAAUACUUAUGACUGUAUGGGAUUCCUUAUUGGACCUUUCUCUGGCAUUUGUAAACGGAAGUGGAAAGUAUAUUACGAACACAACAGCUGAAUUUAAUUUUACUGGAUUACCCGUUUUUGGAUUCAAAUACAGUAUAAAUUAUGGCGAUGGAUCGAUGGAUAGUUAUACCGCAGAUGACAUAAUGUAUAGCUUCUACAACUUGUCGACGUUCACCCAUAUUUAUACAAAAGCGGGUUUGUAUACUUUGACAUGGACUGCUAUGAACGGCUAUCCGCCGUACAAUAGACUAGAAACAAUUUCUAUUUUGAUUCAAAACAGAGUGCCAAUUGAUGGAUACACACUUGAGCCUAGUUUAAAGAAAUACCCUUGGUUGAAUCUUCAGUCGAUGGACAUCUCCGUGAACAUUACAUUAAAUGCUUCUUCGCACUUACCUACUGAUGCUACAUGCGUCUUUUGGCCUGACGACGGCGAGCCAUCUGUGCCAGGUUUAGCAUACGAUGACUAUUUCUUCCAACACAAGCAUCGCUAUUUGCAAGAAGGCGUGUUUAACUCAUCCUUUAACUGUUCAAAUGAAGUCAGUUGGUUUAUAUACCAGUAUUCAAUAGAGGUUGAAAAAUACAAUGCAUCAUAUGUCUGGGUUGAUUACCACCCACUGGUACCUCUUAAUGUGUCCGACAGUGUCGUCGUCUUCUUUCAUGUGCAAACUGGCGGUUUUGCUCUGAUUCCGUUCGACGUCACAUUAACCUGGGACUACGGGGUACCCGUUUCUGCACGAAGACGUCGAGCUACGACAACGUUUGACCAAGUUACCUAUUCUAACACGUACAACGAGCGUGGGGACUGCAUAUUUUCAUUGUAUGUGGAGGCGUUAACAACAAACACAACAAGUUACCUCGAAUAUCCACUUCGACUUGGGAUUAUGCAUUUUGAAUACCCAUAUAAUAUUUCUUUUAUAAACUACACUAAUUUAAGAUAUACAAUGCAUGGUGAACUUGGGUCAUUUCAUACUUUUACGAUUGAUUUCGAUGACACGACUCCAAGUGACAACUGUAAUGCGACAGACAUUAACGGAUGUUUCAUUGAACAUGUGUGUCCAACAUGGGGAUAUCAUCUAGUGACAGCAACGGCUAGUAAUGGAACAUUUAUUGAAUUCGACCAGGUUAACAUGACGUGUGAAAAUCCAAUUGUAAACCUCACAACCGACAUCCCUAUCACCGUCAGUAUACCUGAUGGUAUAAUAGACGCCAUGCUUAGAAUACCAGCAACCGCUUUAUAUUUACCAGUACUACACUGUCGUUGGAACAUGGGCGAUCCGAUCGAUAGAGAUAACUACCAGUUUACGCAGUCAGUGACAUAUGCAAGCCCUUAUUUGUUCGCGAACUUUCAAUAUAUCGCUCUCGGAAGGCACACAAUAACCAUCCACUGCUGGAAUUUGAUAAAUGAAACUUCUUUUGAACAACAGAUUGUAGUCACCAAUGAUAACUUCCUGUUUACUGGUGUUUUUGAUAGAUACUAUUCUCAAAGCGAAGGACCUAUGCAUAUUUCAUCUAUGGUUGAUACAGAAAUUUUCAGCCGGCUGGAAAUAGUUUCGGCAUCUUACGUGAAGACACAUUUUAACCAAUGGCAGUUGAAUGUUUCCGUAGGUGAAACAAAUCCGAACAGACACGGUCUUGUGUUUUCCCGUGGUGUUGUCAAAGAGAAGAAGUAUUAUGUUGUUCUGCGUGUAGGCUUUGUUGAAGAACCAACAAACGCAAUUUUUGAACCUACAUACGUAGAAUUUGUAAUGCCAAUUCCUCACGCAGAGAUUGUUGGUGGAAGUCGACGUUAUGUUCCCAGGGGAAUUGUGACCUUAGAUGCAUACUCGGUGUCUUUUGAUCCCGUGUAUCCAUCCAACAAUACGCUUACAUACACCUGGAAAUGCAAAGGGUACAACGUUGCGUCUUUUGAUGAAGCGGAAGCAGAAACAGGCGGCCAGACGUGUUCGACCUCGGGGGUUUCUCCCGGUGUUCUGACUGUGGACACCACAGCCGGGCCAAAUAAAGACUUCUAUGUUGUCGAAGUGACGGUGAAUAACAAUAGAGGAGGAGUUGCUUCCUUUACUCAAAUAUUGGGGAUCAAAAAUACAGACGAAUUGAGCAUAAAAUGCACUAUAAAUUGCCUGGCAAAGGUUGCAGUCACCUCAAAAAUACAGCUUACCCCAGUUUUAAUUGAUAACUGCCCUGCCUCAUUUACUUGGACAUUGAAAAAACACGACGGAUCCAAAUUCAUAACCGAGGACUUAACAAGCAUUUCAAAAACAGGUACGGGAAACAGAACACUUACAAUAGAGUCCAACUCCCUUUCCCCCGGAAGUCGGUAUUUGGUAUCCUUAACAAUGGUAAAGAAUUCGAUAACUUAUGGACCCGCUUUCUAUGAGUUCGUCACGAAUUUGCCACCACAGGGAGGACACUGCCGGGUAAUUCCUUAUGACGAUGUGUAUUUGCUCCCAAUAACUAGUCAAGAGCUCAUCAAUACUACAUUUGAUCCAACGGCAGUUCAGUUUGAGGCAGGGGUGCAAAAGUUUAACUUGACGUGUAUCUACUGGGAAGACGAGGGUUGGACUGACUCCACCUUCUCCACGGAACAACCGCUGUUAUAUUACUUCUACGUUCAAUACAGCCAGAAUGACUAUGAAAGACAAAUAAUUUAUUUUGAUCCCGGGGCAACGUCUAAUUUAGUAUCUUUUCAAGUUGGCGAUCCAAACAAUGCAUAUGCAGCCACUGUUGUGAUAAGGAUCUCAGAUAUUUUUGGAGAUUAUUUUGAACUCAAAUACAAUGUUACAUCAAAACCAGCACUAACAACACAAAAUGUGUCGGCGCUAACAACAACGUCAGCAAGGCUUCAGGUGGUUAUGAACUUUGUGUCACAGUUUGAUGAUGAAAUGAUCAAGGCGAACAGAACAGCCGACUAUAGGACACUUUGUAGACGCGUAAUGGAUGUUACGUCCAUCUACAACAAGUUGGACACCUUUUUCACAGAACUGAACAUAUCGUCCGACAUGGUACUGGAACCGGAAGAUUUGACGUCCCUAGGUUUUCAGACGACAGAGAAUGGCGAGCUGCUGACUUGGUCUGAUUUCUGGGACCUUAUUGUGGAUGUGGCCGACACAACGAUCGCUGACUAUCUUAUGGAGGUCGGGGAUUCAUAUGCCGCCAUGAUUAAUUGGAGUAUCAUGACAUGGCCGUCCACUAAGCGGAUGACCAUAGUUGCCAUAGAAACUGUUAGCAGAGCACUCAAUGCCACAUUAUCGGAAAAAGAUUUUGCAAAUGUUACAGCAGCCGUGCUUUCUGCGCAGGUUGCCAACAAACUGGCUGGAAAUUUAGCACAGCUAACACUCGAUCGUGUAUUUCCAAAUACGGACCAACUUGAUUCUGCUGCAACGGGCGUAAUAGACCUGAUCAAAAACUGCCUGGACGUUUUUCAAACUAUUCUUACUCCGAAUCUUCCCCAAGAUCCUACUGUUGACGAAAUGCGGAACUAUCUUGAGUACAUCAAGGUGUUCAAAUCGGUGGAUGGGGUGGGUGCAGAACCCUUAAGUCUUCAGGAGCAGACAUUCCUCGCUCAGAAACAGCUUCAGAAAUAUUAUGUUCAGAAACACAUUAAGUCAGCAUCGUCAAGAGAAGCGUUGCCCGAUUUGACCGUCGCAUUAACACAACUAACUGAAUAUCUAACGCAUCUUACACAAAUGGGAGACCCCGAAAAUAAAAUGGAGAACGACUAUGUUUACAUCUCGUCGGAAAUGUUACCCGCAAAUGAAAUAAAAGCUGCCGGUGAUGUACAUAGACCGCGAGUGACGAUUGAACUUGGAGAAAUAACGCCUACGAACCCAGGGCCUUGCAGUGCAAGCACAGUUAUUCUCAAAACUAUUAUAUUCAAACACAACCCAUAUUUCUGGGGUCAGUUUGCGGAUCGGAUUACAUCCUAUGUUCCUGUUUUCCAAAUGGCCGGCGCAGUUCUCGCCACUGAGAGAGUGGUAUACAGACUGGAAAAUAAAGAAGAGGCGCUUUGCAGAGAUGCAACACCUACAUACGAUCAAAAUGAUCCGGAUAAAAUGAUAUAUAUCCUCUUUGACAGACAACAUGCCGAAGAUGAUAUUCUGAUUUUUUUGAGACCCAACGCCAGUCAGUUGGUUUACGACCUGUACUUCAAUAAAGAGGAGAAACCAGAUAUGCAUGAAAACAAGUACUUUUAUACAACUGAAAUGAAAGUAGACAAAUGGACACCUGAAGAUGGGUACAAGUUAAUCAUCAAAUCCUCUGAGUUCUCGGCAACGGGCAAGAUCUGGAUAGGCUUGCGACCACUUCUUGAAAACUCAGGCGAUGUUUCCUUACUAACAAAGCCAUUCUGUGCAAACAUUACCAGUGUUAACUGUCUGGCUUGGGUACACCAUAAUGGGGAAGACAUUUGGGACAAAAACAAGUGUGAGGUCUCCGCCUCAAGCACACGAACACAUACGGUGUGUGACUGUGAAAACACAAUGAAUACCGCUGGUGCCGAGCCUAUGACUGUGGGAACUACUUUCUAUGUCCCAUACAAUAAGAUUGAUUUCAAAUCGGAGCAGACGACAGCAUUGCCCAUCGGCAGAGGUCCUGUAAUCGCGAUUGCUGUUGCAGUCAGUGUGAUGUAUGCCCUUCUCAUAUUCUGGGCCUGGCGGGAAGACCAGAAAGAUCAGUAUAAGUGGUCAUACUCCCUUCUGAUUGAUAACGACAUUGCGGACAGCAGUUUCUACAUCAUUCGAGUGUACACAGGACUACGGUCGGGGUCCGGCACAGACUCGAAGAUAGGAUUCGUCCUGGUCGGUGAAAGCGGUGACACGGGAAUCAGGAGAUUAGAUGACGACACUCAUAUCGGAUUCGAACAAGGAAGUGUACGAACAUUUGUGAUGAGCACAAGGCGAUACAUAGGAGACCUUUUAUGUAUGCGUAUUUGGCAUGAUGACACAGGUGGGAAUAACUCAAGCUGGUUCCUGAACAAAAUUGUCAUAUCUGAUCUAAGAAGCGGCAAAAGAUGCACCUUUGCUUGCGACCAGUGGUUCGAUUACGACACAGGCGAUACUAAAGUUGACCGUGUAUUAAAUGCCCAGCCAGCAAACCAGUUCUGGUCCUUCAUGGAGAUGGUUUCAUAUACGAUUGCUGAACAUCACCUUUGGCUGUCAGUUUAUACCCGUCCAAUGAAAAGCAACUUUACACGUGUACAGCGUCUGUCAUGUCUUCUCGGAUUGAUAUUCCUGACCAUGAUUGCCGUCACCAUGACGUUGCAAUCCCCAGAUGAAAAUAUUUAUCAAAUAGUGAUCGGACCGUUUCGGUUCGCUUUUGAAAAUUUUCUGGUUGCUUUGGUUGCACUCCUUAUUUCAACCACCGUUAUUAUGAUUGUGACGUUUUUCUUUAAAAACGCCGAAUCGGAUGAAAGUGCGAGAUUUCAAUCAACCCUUUUGAAUGCAUAUAGAAAAGCAAAUUCUAAGAUCCAAUUUGACAAGUCUGUAAUCGGGCGCAUUUUUGUACCUCCAGCGGAGGAAGCAUUGCAAUACAACUACUACUUCCUGCCUCACUUUUGUGUCUAUGUUGGCUGGACGAUACUAGCAAUGGCGAUUGCAGUGGCAUCUUACUUCAUUUACUCCUUCAGCGACUCGUGGGAAUUGAUAAAAUCAGAGUAUUGGAUGUCCACCAUUUUCGUGUCUUUCUUCUGUUCCAUCAUGGUCACUGAAGUCAUUAAGGUUAUCUUCUUCGCCCUGUUAUACCUGAUGCUGUGUCCACGUGCAUACGAGGCGCCAGAUCCAUUUAUAAACAAGGACAACCUGGAAGAAAUAACUAAACACAACUCGGCGACUCUGACUAUUGGACCACAAUUUCAAAGCGUUUUGCCAAUACCCGAAAACCCGGAUGAUGAUGCAUUAUUCGAGAAUAAGAUAAACCGGAUUCGCAACCACCAGCUCUUGAAGAUAUUCACUCAACUGUCAUUGUACAGCGCUCUACUGUAUAUGGUGUACACGAUCAGCUACGAAAGCAGAGACCCGAGGUCUUUUAUAAUGAAAGAUCACUUGGUUACAACGUUUAAGUAUGCUGACAGUGUAAAAGAUUUGAAAACCUACACAAAAUGGCUGAAUGAAACGUUCGUUGACAAUUAUUUCUCCAAGAGUUACUAUGGAGCAGCUCCGGACGGCCAGACUAUAGCUAAAGUCAAGCCCUACAUGGAAGAUCUGACAAAUCUUCGUGUUGGUCCUGCACGUCUUCGACAAGUGCGAAUUCAAUCAGAGAGUUGCAUUGGACCUUUACGCGGAACGAAGCCAUGCCAUGGAAUAUACAAUGAAAAGGAAAAAGAAACGACAAACUAUUGUCUAAAGUGGAAGUCACUUCCAUGUCCUGUGGCAGAAAAGUCGGAAUAUUUUACAUCCCCUGCCUGGCUGUUUAAUUCUUCCGACGAAGUAUGGGGUUUUUCGACGAUUGCAAAGUAUAACACGUACGGAGGCGGCGGAUAUUUCAUGAAACUUGAUGUCAACAGUGACGUCAGUGUGAAAAUCUUCACUGAACUCAUCGACAACAACUGGUUCGACGAUAAAACUAGAGCUGUGAUCCUCGAGUUUUCAGUGUAUAACGCGAACUCAAACUUAUUUGCAUACUCAAAAUAUGUUGCUGAGUUCCCCGAAGUUGGAGGCUUCAUACCAUUUGUCGAAGUCUAUGUUUUCAGACUGUAUUUGAACACAGGACCCGACGGCGAUUUUGUACUAUUUCUGCAGUUUAUUUUUGUACUUUUGGUAGUCUUCGCAACACUUAACAUGUUGUACGAUGUGAGCACGGAUACAAGAGCAUUCCUCCGAAGCGUUUGGAAUUAUCUGGAUAUAUUAGCUUUAGUCAUGAGCUACGUUACUAUUGGAAUCUACAUUUAUAAAGCAGGAAUUAUAAAGAAAACAAUUGAGAUAUUUGAAAACGACAAAAAUGCGUAUGUCGGAUUUGAGAAUCUUGCUUUCUAUGAUUUUAUUGCAAAUACUGCAUACGGAAUAUUGGUAUUUCUACUCUCUAUUCGUGUAUCAAGGAUUCUGGGGUACAGUGGGAAAAUAAACGAAAUGGCCGCAGUAAUUGUAAAUGCUGCAGACGAUCUCCUCGGAUUUUUGAUAAUAUUUGGUAUAGCAACAUGUGCCUAUGUAAUUUGGGGAACAAUGCUUUUUGGAUCAGCCGAGGAAAAGUACAGUUCGUAUUUCAAGUCAUAUGGUACACUUACAGAAGCCAUAAUCGGAAAGAACAGAAUCGCAAAUAUACUCGUUUCGAAACCAAUAUAUGCCGAACUGUACUACUUCUCAUUUGUGAUAUUUGUUUUGUUCACGCUGUCUACCAUGGCUGCAGCUAUUCUGAACUUUAGCAUCACACACGUGAAAGAGGAACAGGAGAAGAUAGCACCAACAAAUAUUGUAGAAGUUCUCUGGGAUAGAGUGAUGGUUUUGGUAAACAAAAUAAAGGGAGUGAGGAAAAAUUAUGCAGACAAGCGAAAAUUGACGGAAAGACGGGAUUCAGACGAUGAAAUUCGUGCAAUUCUCUCAGACCUGCGGCUGUUCAUGAGGGGUGUGCAAAACAAACAACGGACCGAAGAGAAAUACAAGGUGCCAGAUAGCGAAGACGAAGUGGAGAUUGAUAGAAAUGCAUAACAUUGCUGUGUGGUUUUGUUACAUAUGAUAUUCCCGUCCAUGUGUAUGUACGUAUGCCUUAACAAGGUUAAGUGAUAGGCAAAGAAGAAGAAUUCGAAUUAAUGUUUCGUGUUAUCAAGUUUGACUUUUUGUUAUGUUUAUGAUUAUGCUUAAUCUGUGAUUCUGUAGAACUGAAAACUUUCAGUUAAUUUGUUAUUGGUAGCAUGUAAAAGUUUUACUUAAUAGCCGUCAAGAUCAUGCUGGCUCGAAUGACGCUUUAUUUUGUAUUGUUGUUGAAUGUUGUGCCAUGAUUGAGAUCGGACUCUCGUUAAAUGUUGAUUUAGGGCUCUCGUUAAUGUUUGAUUUUGGGCUCUUGUUAAAGUGACACUCUUAUUCAAAAUCAAUACAAACACAGAUAUAACAAACAUAAAUUUUGAGAGAUAAACCUUAAACUACUUACUAAACAAUAGACUUUUGGAAAUUAUCAAUUACUUAUAACAAGAUUAUGAUCGUGUAUUUACUAGAUGAAAACGCAAAAAUAUUAAAUGAUUGGUGAAUGCUAAAAGAUUUACACUGAUCUACUAUUAUUUCAUAUGAUAGGAAAAGCGUGUUUUCUGCACCUUUCCUUCAAAUUAAACUUGGUAUCCCUCAUUAGAACCAUUGUUUUUGACAAUUAUUCAUCCUUUUUGGUAUAUUAAAACAAUUGAAUUAAAUGUGGUAAUUCCAUUUGGGAGUAAGAGUGUAAUUUGGGGCUCUCGUUAAAGUGUGAUUUUGGGCUCUCGUUAAAGUGUGAUUUUGGGCUCUUGUUAAAGUUUGAUUUGGGGCUCUCGUUAAAGUGUGAUUUGGGGCUCUCGUUAGAGUGUGAUUGGGUCUCUCAUUAAAGUGUUAUUUUGGGCUCUCGUAAAGGUUUGAUUUGGGGCUCUCGUUAAAGUGUGAUUUUGGGCUCUUGUUAAAGUUUGAUUUGGGGCUCUCGUUAAAGUGUGAUUUGGGGCUCUCGUUAGAGUGUGAUUUGGUCUCUCGUUAAAGUGUGAUUUUGGGCUCUCGUAAACGUUUGAUUUUGGGCUCUCGUUAAAGUGUGAUUUUGGGCUCUUGUUAAAGUUUGAUUUGGGGCUCUCGUUAAAGUGUGAUAUGGGGCUCUCGUUAGAGUGUGAUUUGGUCUCUCGUUAAAGUGUGAUUUUGGGCUCUCGUAAACGUUUGAUUUGGGGCUUUCGUUAAAGUGUGAUUUUGGGCUCUCGUUAAUGGGUGAUUUGGGGCUUUUGUUUUCCAGUUUCAACGACCUCUUCCACUAGUGAGGUAUUUCUCACAUUUUAACACGGUAACACCAAUAUUCCCCAAUAACGAUAUUUUGAUUUUGUUGAGUCUCUUUGUUGGUGUUUGACCUUGAUUUUUCUGCUUGAUUAAAUUUUAGUCAAAUAUGCUUGUCUUUGUUGUUUGCAUUGUUCUA